UUUGAAUGAGUGAACAACCCGGGAUGGUAUAUCGUAAAACUUAGUAAAGACACGUGCAAAACAGAAAAAUGUAUACAAAUAACCAGCAUCUAAUGAAAGUGAAGGAUCGUGAUGUCUUGCUUCAUUUUGGCCUUGCUACAGCAAAAGAUAAUUUUGAAGACAUGUUUGGUGAUGUGAAGUUCGUGUGUUCAGGUGGUAGUAUGAACCGAAUGAAAUCACUUGCUGCUCUCAUUUCUAAAGAACUCAAUAUAUCAUCUGAACUAUGCAAUCUAUGCAGCACAGACCGAUACGUUUUGUAUAAAGUUGGUCCUGUUCUUACUGUCAGUCAUGGUAUGGGUAUGCCGUCUACUACUAUUAUGUUACAUGAAAUAAUUAAACUAUUACAAUAUGCAAAAUGUAAAGAUGUUAAAUUUUUUCGAAUCGGUACGUGUGGUGGACUCAGUCUGGAACCAGGCACGUUGAUUGUCACCGGCACAGCUGUUGAUUAUAAAUUUGAACCAGUAUUUGAGCAACAAAUUCUUGGUAAGAUAGUGUCUACAUCAACAACAUUUGAUAAGGAUCUUGCAAAGGAGUUACUAUUAUGUAAGGAUGACUCUGAGAAGUUUGAGAUGGUUAUUGGCAAUACUAUGAGUACCAAUGAUUUCUAUGAAGGUCAAGCCCGUCUGGAUGGAGCUUUCUGUGAUUACACGGAAGAAGAUAAAAUGAAGUAUUUACAUGCCGCCUAUGAUGCCGGUGUUAAGAAUAUAGAAAUGGAGGCAUUGUGUAUUGCAUCUAUGAUGAACAGAGCAGGAAUGUCAGCUGCUGUGUUGUGUGUGUCUUUGUUGGACAGACUCAAAGGUGAUGAAGCAGCCACCUCUACAAAAGACUUGAAUGAUUGGCAGAAGAGACCACUAACUAUUGUGACACGUUAUAUCAAGUCUAAAUUAGAAAAGUGACAAGUCUUUUUUCUAAAGUAUUACAGUGCCGGCAGUAUGUGUCAAGAUUGACAAUUUUUUAUUGAUUAAAACCAUUAAUCAAGUAUGGAAUGUAUGACUCUUUCAAUGACAAUGUCGUCUUGUUUCGGAAAAUAAAGCCAUAUAAUU